UUAUCAUGGGCUGUCCAUCAAUUUCAAUCAUUAAAAUUUUACAACUCAUAGUUGUAUGUUGUGUUUUGGGUCUUGACGUAUUAACAAAAAAUUACUUAAAGCCCAAGAACAGCAGUAAUAUUUUAAAUGACUUAGUUAGUGAAGCACAAAACAAUACAUUAACAAUUCCUUAUUUAAAUAUCAAAAUAAAUGCUGAAUCAAUACCAACGCAGUAUAUUGCGACUGGUACAGUUGUCGCAUAUUUAAUUAUUAUAUUUGUAUCACUUAUCAGUGGUACAUUUGCAUCACCUCUUACUAGACUCACCAAUGUUACCUUUUGUCUCAUUGGAACUUUUCUUUUUCUCUUAUCUGGAUCACUACUCAUAAAUGAUUUUCGUGUUAUCACUUUUGAAAGUAUUAAGACAAGUUUUGAAAAAUCAUUACAAGACGCACGUAGUUUUAAUAUUGCUAAAGGAUCACUAUGUAUUUUAGAAUCAUGUUUACUUCUUCUUGAUGCUCUAUCAAGUUUCUUUCUUUUUUUAUAAUUUCAAUUAUUAUUUAUAACUUUUUAUUUGUACGUUA